AUGAAGUUCUCUCUCGCCACCGUCUUCCUCGGCAUCGCCGCCGUCGCCUCGGCCCUUCCUCAGGAUAACCCGAUCGCGGCUCGUCAGAACCAAGGCCGCCCCAUGCCCUUCGGCACCUGCUGCAUCGCCAACACGAAUCUGAAGCAGGACGCUUGCGUCGCCGCCAACGGCGAGGCCGGCCGCUGCGUGCCCGGCGGCAACGACUGCGGCGGUAGGCUCAGCUGCAUUGGCCAGAGCAGUCUGACGUGCGACAACAACGUUAUCGAGCGCGGAAAGAGCCUGUGCCGCGCCCAGGCCCCGGGCGGCGGCUUGUUUGACGGAGCCAGGAUCAUCCAGAACCUGAGCCAGGCCAAGGUCAACUGA